AUGUCUUCAUCAUCAGUCGAUCGGAUGUCCGGUGCAUCAACACCGACUCUUCUUGCAAUGACUUCAUAUACAACAAAUCGAUUGAAUGAAGAACUCAGUGGACUUAAACGUUGGCGUCAAAUGUAUGAUUCUGCAAUGAAUGAAAAAAAUGCAGAAUUACAAAAACUUCAACUAAUUAACCAACGACAAGCACAAUCACUCAAUGAUUCAGUUGUACAAAUUGAACAACAAACAAUGACAAUUAAUUCACUGAAACAAAAUGAAGUAUCACUAGAAAAAAAAGUAACUAAACUUGAAGAACUUCAUCAAAUACUGAAGAAAAAUGUAGCAAAAUUAGAAAAAGCUGUUUCACAAUGUGAAUUUGUACGUGUUGAUCUCGAACGAAUGUAUGAACAUCAAGAACGUACUGUAAAAUCACUUGCUGAUGAUGUUAAUUCAACUAUUGAAACUAAAUUAAAAAAUUUACAAUUACAAUUGAAAUUAGUUGAGCAACUUCACGAACAAGCUCGUAUUGAACUAAACAAACAAAUCCAUGAACGAACACAAGAAAAUGCUGAAACAACAUCUCAUAUUUGGGAAUUAACUACAAAACUGGCCACAGCUACAAAUGAAAUCAAUCAAUUACAAUCAAUAAAUACAAAUGCAAAUUCAAAGAUCAUCGAAUUAGCAGAAGAAAUAAAUAAAUAUCAACAAAUGAUUGAAUUAAUAUCAAUUGAAAAUAAUACAGCACUUACUGCGAAAAAUCAACAAAUUGAAGAUUUACAAAAACGUAUUGAUGCAUUAGCAUUGAAAAUUGAUGCUGGUAAAGACGAAAUAUUUAAUUUACAAGAAUUAAAUACAACUCUACAAACUCAAAUCGAUGAAAUGAAACAAAAAUCAGUUGAACAUACAGAAUAUCAUCAAACAGAAAUGCAAGCUCGUCAAGUUGAAAUUGAUAUUCGAGAAAAAGAGAAUGAACAAUUGCAAAUAAAAACUAAUCAAUUAAUUGAAGAAAUGGUAACUCGUGAUAAUGAAAUCGAAGAAUUAAAAGAAAAAAAUCAAGUCUCAUUAAAUGAAAUCAAUGAAAUGAAUCUGAACUUACGAAAACAAUUAGAAGAAACAUGUGAACAAUUUCAUCAACAAAUCAGCGACUAUGCGAAACAAUCGAUUGAACACGAUAAUCGAUUCGAACAACAAAAUGUUGAAAUGACUGAAAAAGAAAAACUUAUUCAUGACUUGGAAAAUAAACAUAAUGAAUUAGUAGAAAAAAUGGAACUUACUGAAGAAGAAAUUGCACAAUUAACAAAAGAAAAUGAAGACUUGAGAACGCAAAAUCAUCUCUUACUUCAGGAAACAGAUGAACAAAUGAAACAAAAGGAUGUUAUUGUUGAAGCAACUAAUAUUGAAAUUGGUGAAAAAGAAAAAGAAAUUGAAGAAUUACAAAAAAAAGUCACAUUACUUGAAGAACGACUUUCAAAAAAUCAAAAUUUACUUACAUCAUUACGUUCGUCAAUGGGUGAAAAGGAUGCAAAGAUCAAACGUCUCGAACAAGGAUCCGUGCAUUCUCAAUCAUCACUUCCAUCACGACCGACAAAUAUACGUCGAACAAACAUAAAUCAUCCAUUGGCAACUCAACAAAAAUCAGCUACUCCUAUUCGACCACCAUUACCACCAUCAACUAGUCAACAAACAAAAAUAAAUCCACGUGAAAAACGUAUGUUACCACCACCAGCUGCAAAUGAUUUAACAUCAACACCAAAAAAAGUUCUUCGGCUUAGUCCAAAAAAAGCAGCUAUUGAUCAUGUUCAUACUCUUGAACAAUCCAUUUCAUCAGUACUUGACGAUGAUCGAGACGAAGUUGCAUCAAAUACAAGUGUAGCUAGUCUAUUCGAAUAUUUAAAGAAAAUCUAA